AUGGAAGAGAGUAUCAUUUGGCUUACUUUCUCACCGACGGUAUUUAAGGGCGCAAGAAGCACAAAAACUUUAGUGAAGGACGUCUUCUUCUCUGCCUUCUCCUCUCCAAAGGCCAAGAGAAAGACUGCAUCCCGCGCCUUCGCUAGCUCUUUUGGUUUCCCAAGGAUAGCAGUAGCUGGGGUUCCUACCGCUUUCUUCGCUCCGCGAAUGAAACAGAAAGUGAGAGGAAAAAGCACGUUCUCUCUUUGCGAGGUCCAAAAGUGGAGAACGCAUAGCAUUCUCUGGGCACAUAGGAUCAAAGGUAACGCAAAGCUUUCUUGGCAGAGUUUUAGGCGGCAAGAUACUUUAGGGCUUGUUGGAGCUGUUGGGCAUAACAAAUCGAAGCCGAAGACAUAUCAAGGUAGCUUGCCUACCAAGCCGAUAGGCGAAAGGGCGAAGCAACUCAAAGAUCUCCGGGGUUUGAGGACGAAGGAUGGAGCGUGCAAAGUCGUUCGUGCACCUGUCGUGUGA